AUGGCCGGCGCGGCCUCUGUCCGGGUGUCUGUCCUGUCGCCCAUGCGCGAUAGCGUGCGCGGGUCUCGGCAAAGCUCGGUCCCUGUGAGCCCGAUCGCUGCGGACUCGACGGCCGCCGCGGCCGAAAGGCGCAUGGCCAUGGCGGCCGCCGGCUACUCCGCCCUGCAAACCGACGCCUUCGAUCAGACGGCCGCCGAGUCAGCCGGCUUCCCCAGCCACGUUUCGCCCCUCCUCGCGGCCGCCGUGUACGAUGCACGUCGGUCCGUGCGCUUUGCCACGUCGGGAUCGCGCGUGGCACGGCCCGGUGCCGCGAGCAACCCCGGUGCCGCCCCCUCGUCGCCACUGGCGGGGGGUCCUGCCAGUGGCACGCCGCCGGCAAGCGGGUUCAGCAUCAUCGGCAAUGGGCCGCCCAUCUGGCAGACAGCCUCCCCGGCCAUGCUCGAGGCGUCGGCCGCGGCCGAGGCUGCCGCCGAGAAACGCGCUGCCUCCGGGGCCGGGGCCAAUGUCACCGCCACCACCGCCGUCAUGUCCCUGUGUCGCGAUACCGACAGCCUGCCACCCGAAGCACACUCCCUGGCGCAGCAAGUUGGCGCCGGUGCCGGCCCCGGCGGAGGGAGAACCUCCAGUGCCACGCCCCCUCCGGGGCUCGGUGAUCGCCGGUCACCUGGGCCCAUCUCCCUGGCUGCCGGGGCAACGGCCGCCGCUGCCGAGGGCGUCCACGAGGAUGGUUAUCGUUGGCGGAAGUACGGCCAGAAGCAACGCCGGUCGAGUCCCUUCCCCAAGGCCUACUUCCGGUGCACCGGUCCCGGGUGCCCUGCCAAAAAGCAAAUCGAGGUCAUGGUCCUCGGGGAUCAGCGCCUCACGAGCUCCGUCUAUCGCGGGCAGCACAACCACAAUGCGCCGCAGCUCACCCGGCUUAGUGCUCACGACCAGACCAGCUUCCGCAAGAGUGUUGCCAGCGAGGGGCAAAUGGCGCCAACCGAGCCGGGGUUUGCCUUUUCCCCUGCCCUCUUCCUGACCGCCAGCAAUCCGGGCGCGGCCGGCAUUCACGGGGCCGGCGGCUCCGGUGCCGGUGACGAGGGCGCAGCCCAAGUGAAUACCACGCGCUUGGUGGUUGCCAGCGAUGCGUCCAUGAUCGACGCCAUGGAUGACGGGUACAUUUGGCGCAAGUAUGGACAGAAGGCCGUUCGCGGGGCGCCCUUCCCCCGCGCAUACUAUCGCUGCACGACCAAAGGAUGCCCUGUGAAGAAGCAGAUCCGCCGAGGCUAUGGCCAAGUCAUCUCCAGUUAUGAGGGAGUGCACAAUCACCCGCCACCGCGGCAGGAUGGAGGCCGCGAGCGGGCCGGCUCAGCCACCGCCGGGGCCGAGCCCGGCUCCCCGGGAGGCGGGGACACCAAGCAUCGUAAGCGCCGUAGCUCGCCCUCCUCGUCGCCCCUCAAGCGGGGUUUGUCCCUGGCCGCCGGCACCAAGAAGGCCUCAAAGCAGCAGCAGCAGCAGCAGCAGCCGGAUUCGCAGCUGGCUCGCAAGCCCGUGAAGAAGGAGCCCGGGCCGGCCGGGUCGGAGGGCCAUCCACCCGGAGGAGGAGCCGACCCAAUGAUGCUCGAGGCCGCCAGGCAGUCCAUUGCCGCCGGCGGUGGAGGCCCGGCAUCGGGUCCCCAUCCAUCAGCGCUCUUCGGGGCUGGUCCCGGGGUCAUGGGGUUCUACUUCCCCGGCCCGGAGGGGGUCAUGCUCGAUGCUCGAUUGGCCCCGGCCCAUGCUCCUCACCUGGGGGGCGGGCACUAUGGCUACCCAUCCGGCCCGCCGCUGAGCGUCACCGGCCCCGGUGGCGGGGGCAACGCCUCGCGCGUCAUUUCCCCGGCCACCUCUCCCGGCUCGGCCGGGGAGGAUGGCAGUGGGCGCUCGGCCGCUGCGAAGCAGGCAGCUGCCGCCGCCGCCGCCGCCGCCGCCUACGACACGAGCCUCUACUUGGACUUGGGCCUGCCUUCCGAAAAUCCGAUGGAUGGCUCGGGGCUUGGCGGGGGGAUGGCCGCUCGUGGGCCGGGCGACGGGGCCGGCCACCGUCCAGCAGGGGGAUCCCUUCCCCACGGGAUGGCCAGCGGCCCGGGCGGUGCAGGGCCGGGCCCCAUGCCGGGCUACAACCUCGCCGGUGGUGGGCCCAGCUAUGGCAUGGUCGAUCCCAAUGCAGGCUACCUGCCGGGAGCCGGUCGCCUCGGCGGCCCUCCGGGACCGGAAUAUGGCUCCGGGCCACCCAUGAUGAUGCCUGGACCAGGCUCCGACAAGCAGCAGGGGCUGUACAUGCCGGAAGACGGCUCAUCGGCUGCUGCUGCGGCGGCGGCGGCGGCGGCAGCGGCCGCCGCCGCCUAUUACACCAGCCGGGGGGGCAUGCUUACUCCGCCGCCCUCCUCGACCUACCGAUCCUCCGAGGGGCCGGAUACGGCCGACACGUCCCCUGUCGGGGUGGCACCCGGCACCGGAGCCGGUCCCUUCCGCCAUGCUGGAGUCAUCGGCCCGCGUGGAGGACAUCCUCACGCGGGCCCACCACACUCCCAGCAGCCGAUGUUGCAUUCGCACGGGCACCCGGGCUCCGGCUUCCAUCUAGGUCAUCCUCACCUGGCUGGCAUGGGCCAGCAUCAGUCCCAGUUCCACCAACCGCAGCAACGGCCGCAGCAGCAGCCGCCGCAGCAGCCGCAGCAGCCGCCGCCGCCGCACCAACACCACCCGCACCAGCAACACCACCAGCAUCAGCAUCCGCAGCAGCAGCAACAACAGCCGCCGCAAGGCCAGUACCAGUCCCAGUUCCCACAGCCGCAGUACCCUUCCACCCACCAGCAGCAGCAGCAGCAGCAGCAGCAGCAGCAGCAGCUUCAGCAACAACAGCAACAGCCACAGCACAUGCUCCAGCAGUCCUCGCAGCAACAGCACCUGAUGCAAGGCUUCGACUUGUCGGCCAAGCACUAUGGUGCUCCGGGACCCGGGCCGGGCGGAUGGCACGCGUCCGAGACCCCAGCGUCCGGGAUGCCGUGGCAGCGCCCGAGUGCAAGCGAGCAAAUGCACUUCUUCGAGCCGCCGGGCACCGCCGGGUACUUUGCCAACGGAAACGGCGGCAACGGGUACAUCUCACAGGGCGGUCUGGAUGCUGCGGGGGGUGCCCCUCCGGAUGCCGGGCUUCGGGGGAUGGAGAAGUUCUUCCAGUCCGGCCCCGGCGUCGAUGAGGGAGCCGGCGGCCCGUAUGGGGCUCAGGAGCUGGCCCCCGGCGGGGACCCGACUCGCCGCGGGUCGACAGCCGGAGGCGGGGAGUCCUACUUCCCGGAUCUCGCCACCGGCGAAGACCCACAUCUGCACCUUCGUCACCAUCAGGCGCUGAUGCAACAACCGCUCCAGCAGCCGGCCCCGCACCAGCAACAGCUGUACCAGCAGCCCCACAUGCUGACCACGGGCGGCCACUCGCAGGAGGGGGCGACCGAGCACCGGACCCAUCGCCAAUCUCCUGCUGGUGGCCAGAUGCAUCCGGGCGGCCUGUCCAGCCCCCCGGCGAGGGGCGGCCCUGAUGGCUAUCUCCUCCCCCAGGAGCCAGGGGCUUUCCUUGCUGGCGAUGAUCCGGCCGGCUCGGUGUCGGAUCCCACCGGCCAGCCGAGCAUGUUGGAUUACAAUCCCAAAGUCUAUGACACCGGCCCGGGCAUGGCCGAAUCUCAGGCCAACCGGCCGGGCCCCUUCCACCUGGAUUUGGAUCUCGGCCCCGAUAUGGGUGUCCCUGGCGGCGGGUUAGCCAGUCCGGGGAUUGGUGGUGGGCCCGGCGGCCCGGGUGACCCAGGCGCUCGCUGGUUUGCCGGGUCGCCACCCCCAGCCGGGAUCCCUCCCCCGAAGAAGGACCACCAGAUCAAUGAGCCCAGUGCCCGGGGCUCCGGUCGCCUAAGUGGCGGUCUUGGGGAUCCCUCUGGCAGCCUCUUUGGCCCGGAGGAUGACGCGCUCGCCGGAAGGCCACACGGUCCGAAUGGCCGACGCCCGAGUGACCUUCGAAGUGUCGAUGAGAUCACCAAAAGCGGCGACGACGACAUGGAUGGCGAACUGUUCGGCGGGGGAGGAACUAGCCCUGGUGGGGGGAGCGCAGACCUCGGCGGCCGAGGCGGCAACCCCUCAGCAGGCAAUUCCGACAAAAAUUUGCUUCUCUACACGGAGACCGGCUUCCUCUCCGGCUAUGACGACUGGACCGGCACCGAUCCUGGGGACACCGAGGUCGCGGCCUCCAGAUCCGCCGGGGGACCGUCGGUGGUCUCUGCGGUCCCCGGUGGAGAUCCACCCGGCGGCAUGGAAUACGACCCCUAUCUCCGGUCGCCAUCGGACUUUUCGAACACCAUCAAAACCACAUCCCCGGGUCUCCAGCAGCCAUCCCGGCUGGAGGAGGUCACUGGGACACCUGGCGGCGCGGCCGCCAAGAACUCGAUGUCUACCAGCGGCGGCGCGGGCGGCAGCGGCGGCGGCGGGAGUGGCGGCGCGGCCGCCGCCACCGGGGCUGAAAGAUCCCCCUCCAGGAAGGCAGCUGGCUCCCCGGGGAAGUCCCCAUCCAGGAAGUUGGCCCUGCCAAAUGGUGCGAACGACUCGGCUAUCCCGUCUGUUGUUACCGCCCGCCAAGCGACCGGGUUGGGUGCCGCCAGCAAGCCCCCCUCUCGUCCCCCCUCCAUGAUGCUCUCUAAUGAGGAUCUCUCCCUUGAGCGCCGGCCACUGGCGGUGGAGCCGCCGCCGCUGGAGGACACGGCCGGGCCGCAAUAUUGA